CCAUCUCAGACAUCAUCACCUGGCCAUCACUCCCAGUUGCCACCAUGCUGGCCUCAGGGCUGCUCCUCGUGGCUUUGCUGGCCUGUCUGACCAUCAUGGUCUUGAUGUCUGUCUGGCGGCAAAGGAACCUCAAAGGGAAAUUGCCUCCAGGGCCCACUCCUCUGCCCUUCAUCGGGAACUACCUGCAGCUGAACACCGAACAGAUGUACAACUCCCUCAUGAAGAUCAGCGAGCGCUACGGCCCCGUGUUCACGAUCCACCUGGGGACCCGGCAGAUCGUGGUGCUGUGCGGCUAUGAUGCUGUGAAGGAGGCUCUGGUGGACCAGGCUGAAGAAUUCAGUGGGCGAGGCGAGCAGGCUACAUUUGACUGGCUCUUCAAAGGCUAUGGAGUGGCUUUCAGCAACGGGGAGCGCGCCAAGCAGCUCCGGCGCUUCUCAAUUACGACGCUGCGGGACUUCGGCGUGGGCAAGCGCGGCAUCGAAGAGCGCAUCCAGGAGGAGGCGGGCUUCCUCAUCGAGGCCUUCCGGGGCACUCGCGGCGCCUUCAUCGAUCCCACCUUCUUCCUGAGCCGAACGGUCUCCAAUGUCAUCAGCUCCAUUGUCUUUGGGGACCGCUUUGACUACGAGAACAAAGAGUUCCUGUCACUACUGCGAAUGAUGCUGGGAAGCUUCCAGUUCACCGCUACGUCUACCGGGCAGCUCUACGAGAUGUUCUACUCAGUGAUGAAAUAUCUGCCAGGGCCACAGCAGCAGGCCUUUAAGGAGCUGCAGGGACUGGAGGACUUCAUAGCCAAGAAGGUGGAACAAAACCAGCGCACACUGGACCCCAACUCCCCACGGGACUUCAUCGACUCCUUCCUCAUCCGCAUGCAGGAGGAGAAGGAGAAUCCCAACACGGAGUUCUACAUGAAGAACCUGGUGCUAACAACCCUGAACCUCUUCUUUGCGGGCACUGAGACGGUCAGCACGACCAUGCGGUAUGGCUUCCUGCUGCUCAUGAAGCACCCAGAUGUGGAGGCCAAAAUCCAUGAGGAGAUUGACCGCGUGAUUGGCAAGAACCGUCAGCCCAAGUUUGAGGACCGGGCCAAGAUGCCCUACACAGAGGCUGUGAUCCACGAGAUCCAGAGAUUCGGAGACAUGAUCCCCAUGGGCCUGGCCCGCAGAGUCACCAAGGAUACCAAGUUUCGAGACUUCCUCCUCCCCAAGGGCACCGAAGUGUUCCCUAUGCUGGGUUCCGUGCUGAGAGACCCCAAGUUCUUCUCCAACCCCCGAGAUUUCAAUCCCCAGCACUUCCUGGACGAGAAGGGGCAAUUUAAGAAGAAUGAUGCUUUUGUGCCCUUCUCCAUCGGAAAGCGGUACUGUUUCGGAGAAGGCCUCGCCAGAAUGGAGCUCUUCCUCUUCUUCACCACCAUCAUGCAGAACUUCCGCUUCAAGUCCCCACAGUCGCCCCAGGACAUCAACGUGUCCCCCAAACUCGUGGGCUUUGCCACUAUCCCUCCAAACUACACCAUGAGCUUCCUGCCCCGUUGAGUUAGGGCUGUGCCCGGUGGGGCUGGUGGGAGGAGCAAAUGGGGGAGGGAAGGGCCUGGGCGGGGUUAUGAGGGAGGGGCGGGGCUAAGGAUGGGGAAAGGAGGGGUAUGGGAGCGGAAGGGAGGGGCUAGGGGGUUAGGGGAGGGGCGGGGUUAUUGAUGAGGAAUGGUGGAGGGUGGGGAGGAAAGGGGAAGGUGGAUAGGAGAGAAAGAAGAAACAGAGCGACUCUUUGUUCAGCUUGCUAGAGAUGAGAUGAGAGGAAAAGAAACUUUAUGGUUAACUUUGAAUAGAACAAUAGCAGAUAUUAUUUAUUGAGCAAGUAUUCUGUGUCAGUUCUAUGCUUAGUGUCUUAAACUCACCUCACUUAAUGCUCACAAACCUACCAUGAUAGGGAACAGUAUCUAUGCCCAUUCUACAGAUAACAAAGAUGAGGACCAGAAAGUUUAAGUCUAUCUGAGGUCCCACAGAACACAAGUCAGUCAGUACUCAGCAAGUACAUGAAUACAGACGGCCAUACUUAACCCACAGUCCUUGGAUAGCAUCCCUUCCUCAAGUGAAAACACAGCAACUUAUUAUAUUAUUACACAACCUGAACAGCUCUGUCCAGGGGACUUUUCCAGAGUCCUGACAGGCAGCUCACCUGGCUUCACUACACACUUGGCUAUGCUCUUCCCAACUCGGGCACACUUUGGAUGACAGCGUAUUUUGUGCCUACCACCAGAUAAGGCUACCGUGUCCAACGGGAGUCAGACUGUUGUUGGUGGUGUUUUUCUGGAUGUGCUAGGUCUCCAUUGCUGCACACAGGCUUUUUUCUAGUUGCAGCAAGCAGGGGCUACUCUUCAUUGCAGAACUUGGACUUCUCAUUUUGGUGGCUUCUCUUGUAGGGGAGCACUGGCUCUAGGGGCAUGGGUUUCAGUAGUUGUGACGCACCGGUUUAGUGGCCCCAUAGCAAAUGGGAUCUUCCCGGACCAGGCAUGGAACCUGUAUCUCCUGCAUUGCAAGACAGAUUCUUAGCCACUGGACUACCAGGGAAGCCCUAGAAGUCAGACUUCUUAAUAAAAUGGAUGGGAGAGAGAACCUGUUUCAGAGAAAUGUCAGAAGUUUGGUAACGGCGCAGCCAUGUCUCUGUGUGUGCAAGUAUAUGAUUGCCUGUUCUCCAGAGUACAUGCAGGAAGUCAUAUUUCCUAUGAGUUUCUGAAGGUGGGGCUCUUUCUGAUGGAUCUGAGAUCUGUGGUGCGUCUCUGAAUCACCUGCUUACUCUCAGAUAAGUUUGUGUAUGUCCCCUUGGAAGUGGCAUCCUUCAGCACUGCACAGCCUGAAAAUUCAUAAUACAUCUGUUGCCCUAAUGGUAUGGGAGUGAGCAACGAGAAUGAAGACAGAACACGAAAUCUGGUGCAAUGGGUCAGGGGACCUGCAGUCUCUGUGGGACUGAGGUGCAGAGUCCACUCUGAGUCCAGCUUUUAUUCCUAAUUGCAGACUAUAAGACUUUCUCAGAUCUUAUCUUUCUCAAGACACAUGCUGUGUUAAUCACGUACUCCUAAAUGUCAAGGACUACACUGACAUAGUCCAGAUCUCCUUGUGUUUACCCCAGGCUGUUCCCUCCUGGGCUAGUUUCGGGAACCAUCAGCAAGUGCACAGGCAGUGUUCAUGUCUGGAGCUGACCUGGUAUUCCAAGGUCCAUGCUUUCAUGAUCCCAGUCAUACUCCCUUCUGGGUCGAGCCUUGGGGUUUGUAACAAGGUGAUUAUUCUUAAGAAAAAUACACAAGAUAAUCAUUAACACAGGUUCUUAAUA